GCCUUCAACUUGCUUCAAAGCUUUAAUUACGCGUCUGCUACGAGUAAACAUCAUUUGAGCUGCAUAACGACCCUAAUACCCGUCAACCUGUCUUUCAGAGGAUAAUAGGGAACUAGAUUCAAAUUCAUGUUGACAGUAACACUCAUCAGGCAUGGACAGUCAACCGAUAAUGUGAAACACGUCUGGGCAGGGUGGGCCGAUGCCCCACUAAGUCAGCGCGGAAAAUCGCAAGCCGAAGCUCUUGGUGCAUACUUUUCCCAAACCCUAUUCACCAAGAUUUAUGCCUCGCCACUCAAGCGCGCUUCCACCACUGCAGCGCUUGUUCUUGCCGCCCAACCUGCCCCACAGCCUCCGCAUGACUUCGAUAUCGAGUGCAUCAAAGAGCAGCACUUUGGCGUUGCGGAGGGGAAGCCGUGGUGUUUCCGGGAUUACAGGACCUCCAAGUCGCUCGCGGAAUACAUGAGCGAGGACAAGUACCCCGCAUUGCUCCCGGGCGAACGGUUCACAGAAGGCGAGUCCGACGAAGACUUGGCAGCGCGUGCGGUGCAGGCCGUGGAUGAGGUGAUCAUGCCACACCUACGCAGUGCAUCGCGAGCCGGGCGUGCAGAACAUAUCGCGCUGGUGAGCCAUGGGCUCUACAUUGGCGCGCUCAUCACUGCGCUGUUGAAGAGGGACUCAAGCGGCGUUUCCCCUACACGUGAGUAUAUUGGGAUGCAGAACACGGCGUGGGCGAGAGUAGUCAUUAAAGUACAGGGUGUUGCGGAUGGGACACCAAUAGAUUUCGUCGAUGAACACACUCCCCCUCUGGUUAUAAUAGCGACAGACUUCGGCCGUGCGGAUCAUCUCGUCACGCUUAAGCCCAACGUCGGUGGGACUGGCAAGAUUGCCUACGACCCAAAGCAACGGGACAUUCGAGCGUUCUUUAGCGGUGCGACGAAGGCCGUUGAUACUGAGCACUGCGAGAGCAAUGCACUGGACGGUGUCGAUGGAGAAGUCAAGAACUGACGUAUUCGCACCUUACACAUCUACGUCACUAGAGACCCGCAAGUUCACUGCUCCGCGCAACUGGCAAUACAUUUCAUACUCGUACUGAGCACAGAACAUUCAGAGGCUACGAACAAAUACCUAGACUCAUGAACCGUUCGACAACGUUCGACAUAGGCGAGAGAGUGCAGGACCAGAAGAUGAAUGUCAUCAAUUGAUCGUAAGACAUGGAUUCAGGCUGGAACAUUCGUCAAUAUAAAUACUAUUGUCUUGCAUGAAGAUUCAACGUUAUGUAUGAUGUCCU